AUGUCUCACCAAACCACUGGCAUCGCCCUGAUCGCAGUCAUCUUCUUCCUCAUCCGCUACCUAAACCGAACAGACACCCCGAAGGUCAAGAACCUCCCAGAGAUACCCGGUAUCCCACUCUUCGGAAACCUCCUGCAAUUCGGGAGCAGCCAUGCCAAGGUAGCCGGGCAAUUGGCAAAGAAAUACGGUCCAGUAUUUCAAGUACGACUUGGAAAUAGGCGGAUCAUAUUUGCGAAUACUUUCGGCUCCGUCAGGCAUCUGUGGAUUACGAAUCAGUCAGCAUUGAUCUCGCGGCCAACAUUACACACUUUCCAUACCGUUGUAUCAAGCUCCCAAGGUUUCACUAUUGGCACGUCGCCAUGGGAUGAGUCCUGUAAACAACGAAGGAAGGCUGCAGCAACGGCACUCAACCGACCUUCAGUCCAGACUUACAUGCCAAUCAUCGACCUAGAAUCCAAUGUCUCCAUAAAAGAGCUUCUGGGGGACAGUGGGAAUGGCAAGAAGGACAUUGAUCCUAUUGCAUACUUCCAACGGUUCGCCUUGAACACCUCGUUGACAUUAAACUAUGGAUCAAGGAUCGACGGCAAGAUUGAUGAUGAGCUGUUGCAGGAAAUCUGUGAUGUAGAGCGGGCUAUCAGCAACUUCAGAUCUACCAGCAACAACUGGCAAGAUUACAUUCCGUUGAUGAGACUGCUGCCAAAGUCCAAUGCUGAAGCUGUGGAGUUCAGGGAGCGGAGAGAUAAAUAUCUCACAUUUUUGUUGAAUAAACUCAAGAAGCAGAUUGCUGAGGGAACGGACAAGCCAUGUAUCACGGGCAACAUUCUGAAGGAUCCAGAGGCGAAGUUGAACGAGAAUGAAAUCAAAUCCAUCUGCUUAACCAUGGUCUCAGCCGGUCUUGACACCGUCCCCGGAAACCUUAUCAUGGGCAUCGCCUACCUCUCCUCUCCCCACGGCCAAGAAAUCCAAAAGCGCGCCUACGAAGAAAUAAUGGAAGUCUACCCCAACGGCGACGCUUGGGAGCGCUGUCUCGUAGAAGAAAAGGUUCCCUACGUGGCGGCAUUUGUCCGAGAAGUCCUUCGAUUCUUCACCGUCAUCCCUAUCUGCCUGCCAAGAACCAGCAUCAAAGACAUCAAGUACGAGGAUGCCGUCAUUCCUGCUGGUACCACAUUCUACAUGAAUGCCUGGGCCGCCGACUUUGAUGAAUCACACUUCAAAGAUGCAAAAUCCUUCGUUAUCGAACGCUACCUUGAGAAUCCUGAAGGCUCAGGAACCCCGCAUUAUGCAUAUGGAGCCGGUUCACGCAUGUGUGCUGGCUCUCAUCUUGCGAAUCGGGAAUUGUAUACGGCGUUUAUUAGGUUAAUUACUGCGUUCCAUAUUGAUCCCCCGAAGGACAGGAGGGAUGAGCCUAUUUUGGAUGCCUUGAAGUGUAAUGCCAUCGCGACGAGUUUGACGACUGAUCCGAAGCCGUUUAAGUGUGGCUUCCGAGCGAGAGAUUUGGGAAAGUUGGAAGAGUGGAUGAGGGAGAGUGAGGAGAGGACGAGGGAUUUGUAG